AUUUUAUUUAACGUUUUUGAAACUUUUCUGAACUUGCGCUCAGUCUUCUUCUUUGCUGAGAUCUACCUCGAAUCUAUUCCAGGGUCUUAGCAAUUCACAAACCAAUUCGCCUCCAGCACAAUGGCAGGAGUUCCCGAGAAAGCUCGAUUCUUCCUCGAGCAAGCGGUUCCCCAACUACGCGAAUUCGAGGCUAAGGGUAUAUUCACCACCGAUGAGAUCCGUUCGCUAGUACGAAAGCGUACCGACUUCGAGCAUCUCGUCCUAUCACCUGGGAACAAGCCAACAGACUGGCUGAACUAUGCCAAUUGGGAGAAGUCCCUUGAGACCCUGCGCGCGAAGCGAUGUCGUAGAUUACAAGUCCGCACUUCGUCUAAACACACGGGACAGGGUCGAGUUUUCGGAAUCUUAGAGCGGGCGGUGAAUAGGCACCCAGGGAAUCUGGGACUAUGGAAGGAGUACUUGAAUUAUGCGAGAGAUAUGAAAGCUACAAAACGUUACCGGAAGAUCAUAAGCAGAGCAUUGAGAAUGCACCCAGCGAAACCAGAGCUUUGGGUGAUGGCAGGUAGGAGGUCCGCCAACAAUGGAGACAUGCAGGCGGCGAGAGAUUUCUUCAUGCGCGGCACUAGGUUUUGCACAAAGGAUGCGACUAUAUGGCUCGAAUAUACCAAAUGCGAAAUGGAGUGGCUAGAGAAGAUGGAUGCUAAGAGAGGGAAGAAAGGCGGCGCCAAAAGAGCGAUCCAGGAACAGGCCGAACAGAGUGAUGAUGAGAUCAAAUUCGCUGAGGAGGGGAGUGACGAUGAUGAGGAUGAUGUUGACGAGAAUGGUCGACUUGUUUUCCCAGAUCCGGGAAAUUUCGCUGGAAAAAUGGUUAUUGACGAAGACACUGCGAAAAAGCUUGAGGGCAACUCGGAGAGCAAUCCUGCGCUUGAUGGAGCUAUCCCCUUGGCUAUUUUUGACAUCUCCAAGAAGCAACCCUUUUUCAACUCGGCAGUAGCAGAGCAAUUUUUCAACCUGUUCGCUACUUUCAACACUACUUCUGCCCAGGCUCGACUCGUCCAGCAUGUAUUGGACAGUAUGACAGAGCUUUAUCCCAACGACCCCGCCACAUGCUUCUGUUAUAUCCGACAGCCAUUGGUUAAUGUUGGCAUAAAUACACCUUCGUAUCCUAAAGCUCUGCGAGACGCUCUGGCUCGUCUCAAGACAUCUCUAUCCACCACCACCGACAAGACUAAACUAGCCGACAAGGUGAAACUUUGGAUAGAGCUCACCUUAGCUUCUGAGGAUCUCGAUCCAGGUAUUCGUACAGUUCUAGAGCAUACUAUCGGAACGCUACCCAAGCCUUAAUAAAACCAGUUACC